UGUCACCGGCCCCGCUCCCCCCGCGCCAUGGCCGGGCUCCUGCCGCUGCUGCUGCUCCUGCUGCCGGCGGGCCCCGCCGGCGCCUCCAAGGACGAUUGUUUCUCCAAGCUGUUCACGGCCAGCGGGGAGUGCUGCCGGGUCUGCAACGUGGGCGAGGGCGUGGUGCAGCCCUGCGGGGUCAACCAGACCGUCUGCGAGCCCUGCCUGGACAGUGUCACCUUCUCGGACACGGCGAGCGCCACGGAGCCGUGCAAGCCGUGCACGCAGUGCGAGGGGCUGCAGAGCAUGUCGGCGCCCUGCGUCGAGACCGACGACGCCGUGUGCCGCUGCGCCUACGGCUACUUCCAGGACGCGGCCAGCGGGAGCUGCCGCGAGUGCCGCGUCUGCGAGGUGGGCUUCGGCCUCAUGUUCCCCUGCAAGGACUCGCAGGACACGGUGUGCGAGGAGUGUCCCGAGGGCACCUUCUCCAGCGAGGCCAACUUCGUGGACCCCUGCCUGCCCUGCACCACGUGCGAGGAGAACGAGGUGCUGGUGCGGGAGUGCACGCCCGUGGCGGAUGCGGAGUGCCGGGGACUCCACCCUCGCUGGACGACGCACGCCCCGGCCCUGGGGACCUCUGAGAGCCCCGAGCCGGCCACCAGGGAGCCGCUGAGCACCGAGGGGGUGGCCAGCACCGCGGCGGACACGGCCACCACCGUCAUGGGCAGCUCGCAGCCCGUGGUGACCCACGGCACCAGCGACAACCUCAUCCCCGUCUACUGCUCCAUCCUGGCCGCCGUGGUGGUGGGGCUGGUGGCCUACAUCGCCUUCAAGAGGUGGAACAGCUGCAAGCAGAACAAGCAAGGGGCCAACAACCGCCCGGUGAACCAGACGCCGUCCCCCGAGGGCGAGAAGCUGCACAGCGACAGCGGCAUCUCCGUGGACAGCCAGAGCCUGCACGACCAGCAGCCCCCCGGGCAGGGCACCCAGGGGCCAGCGCCCAAGGCGGACGGGAGCCUGUACUCGGCGCUGCCGGCCAGCAAGCAGGAGGAGGUGGAGAAGCUGCUGGGCAGCUCGGCCGAGGACACGUGGCGGCAGCUGGCCGGCGAGCUGGGCUACAAGGAGGACCUGAUCGACUCCUUCACGCGCGAGGAGUCGCCGGCCCGCGCCCUCCUGGCGCACUGGGCGAGCCGCGAGUCGGCCACGCUGGACGCGCUGCUGGCCGCCCUGCGCAGGGUCCAGCGCGGCGACAUCGCCGACAGCCUGGCCAGCGAGUCCACGGCCACCUCCCCCGUCUGAAGGGCGGCCCGGGGGGGCUCCCCCCGCCCCCUCUGCGCUCCGGCGGGGAGGCAGCGGGGUCGCUCCCGGUGCCGGUACCGCCCCCUCCCCGCGCCGACCCCGCCCGGCAGCCCCUGACGGU